AGUCAACUGACUCAGCCUAAAGUAGACAAUCUGAUCGUCAAGUUCGUUGUGGAUGGGUUGCAUUCAUUAUCGACAGUCGAAGAGCCAGGCUUCAUACAGCUUGUAACAGGCUUGCGCCCAGGGGCUAGUGUGAUGUCGCGACGCUCCCUAGGUCGGCGAAUUGAUGAGGAAUGGGAAAAGUUUCUGGAUGACGCGCGAGAGAAGUUGUCUGGUCAAAGCUAUGUUGCAACCACAGCUGACAUCUGGUCCACUCACCAUCGUAGCUUCAUGGUUGUCACGGUUCAUUGGAUCGAUGCUGACACCCUUUCUCGGAGGUCGCUCGCACUGGCCUGCAGGAGGUUUCCUGGAAGCCACACGUACGACAGGAUAGCAGAAAUGCUGGAAGACAUUAGGCAGUCCUUCGACAUCUCGCGGGAGAAGGUCGUAGCCACGGUCACAGACAACGCCAGCAACUUCGCCAAAGCCUUCAGGGAGUUCGGCUUUUGUUCUGAGAUUACUGACCAGGGUAAGGGUAAUGCUGUACUUAUUAUCAAACAUUUUUUCAGAUUUUUUAAGGACUGAUUUACGUCUGUCUCAAUAACCUAAACCCAAGUGGGUAACGUGCGAUUACAAAUGCAAGAAGUGUGAAAAAUAUCCGUCAUGUUAUGCACCGAUUCUAAUUUUCCUCUUGUCUGGUGCAGCUGACUUGGUUAAUUUUUGUGAUACAUAUAAUUCUUCUUUUGAUACGCAAUACAAAUAAUUGAAGAUGAAGCCACUGGA